GUGUCUAUUUAAUGUUAAGUUAUAAUGAAAAUGGACAAUUUUUAAUUAGUUCAGUUGUAAGAAAUAAAAUAUUGGACCAUGUGAAUAGUACAAGUUUUUAUUCAACUUGAACAGUAAGAUUACUUGAAAUAAAUUUGAAAUAUAUAUGGGUGGUUCCUUACGAGAUACAAAAUGACUGAUGAAGACUUGCUGAUAUUACUUAAAAAUUUGAAGGCGGCCAAACGAAGCGGGGAAUUAGAUGACGAACGAUCGCUGGCUAAUCAAAAUGUUAAGUGGAGAAAUAUUUUGGAUUAUUGUGUUUUGCAAACAAGCAUCGAACAUCAUAAUGUUGAGAUUAGAUUAGAAGCUCUUGGUUUAUUGGCAGAGUCGAAGAAAAGCACACAAUUAUUUACAGCUGUGGAACUGCGUUUUAUCGUUAUGUUUUUGAAAUAUCAUCUUGGGGAAAAAAUGGAAUUUGUGCCAUUAAUAAAAAAGGUCAUAAAACGCGCAAAUGAUGGACUCGCAGUCUUACUGAGGCAGUUGGCUAGACAAGAGAGAAUUAAGAAAACCGAAGAAACAGCUUGCGCCGAUAAAAAUAAUCCUAACGAUUCUGAAGUUACGGGUCAAACAGAACUAUAUAAUUUGAUAAAUGCUUAUCAAGAAUUCUUUGUAUCUAUUCAAGAUGUCUGUGUAAAAAAUGUAUAUCCUGGAUCAACACAUUGUCGUAGAAAAUCCAGCUUACAAAUUUUGUGUUUACUGUUGGAAAUAUCAGAAAUCUAUGAAUUAUCGUGGUGUAACGAUCAAGUACAGAAUUUAUUUGAAUGCCUGCUGCUUGACACAUAUGAAUCGAAUAAGGAGAUGGCCUACAAAAUCUUAAAAUCUAUAGAUCCUCAUAUUCUGCAAUUGAGUAAUGAGACAAAAGUCAAAGAAAUAAUUAAUGUUGCCUUCCAGUUAGGAAAUAGUAUCAGACCGAUUGAUACUUUUACCGCUGCAUAUAUGUUUAAAAUCAGUACUUUGUCUCCCGUUAUAACAAAUGUACUAAAUUUGCCUGAAACGACUGAUAACAUCUCAAAUGAUAAAGAAAAUGCUGUGUUGCUGUUAGUUAAGCUCUUGCUCACAAACUUAAAGACUCCGUUGAAGUUAGCAGAAGAAAAUAUUGUUAUGGCAGUUACAAAACAUUCCUUGUAUGGAUAUUUAUUUUGUUUAAGAAGUCUAUUAAAGGAAUAUGAUUUGAGAAAUCUUACAAUGGAAGAAUCAUGGAGACAUGUAAUCAGUGAACUGACAAGCAUGUGUUUUGUACUAAGUGACACAGUGUCACAGAUAGUGAAUAAUUCAUCGCCAGAAGGUCACUUACCAAUGGACUUGAAUCCAAAAAAUUUAAAUUAUCCUCUACCUGAAGGAAGCUCGGUAGCUGUAACUCCACAAAUGGUACUCCUCUGUUCUUGGCAUACCGUAAAAGAAAUCAGUCUUCUUUUUGGCUAUCUGACUGCAAGUUCACCAGUUGUAGGCAUCGACUCAUCAGGUGGACUUCUAACUGAUAUUCAGAUAAAAGACAUCGGAGAACAUUUGGUAACACUAUUAUGUGAAACUAAACAUCGAGGUGCUUUCGAGCAAGCACACGUGGGUUUUCAUCAACUUUGUACUCGACUGUGGCACAUAAAGGAUAGCAACCUACAAAAGUUGCCUAAAAUGUGGCUAUAUCAAACUUUAUUGGCCAUCACAGGAUUAUCUCCAGGAACUUCAAAAUUCUGUGCAACUAGACGAAGUGCAGGAGUGCCGUUUAUGGUGCAGGCCUUAGUGACAUCUGAACCAGGUGUACGUUUCAAUACAAAAACUACAGCUCUUAUAUCUGUGAUGAAAAUUUUGUUAGGAUUUACCAAAUUUACAAGCGAAGAUGACUUGUCUGCCAAACUGGAUGAUUUGAUACACGACGAUACCGUAUUUUUUGAAUUAAAAGAUAUAUCCACAAACUUUAAUCAUCCGAGUACUAUGAAACACAGCGAACAUAAAGACGCUGUUACUGAAAUUAAAACUCAUGCUUUGAAUAUACUUAGAGCACUUUUUAAACACUCCCUUCUCGGUGAGGCAGUGAAGCCCUAUGUUGCAGACGGUAUAAUUGCUGCUAUAAAAAGCUAUGAUGGCCAAACUUGGAUGGAGCGAAAUGCCGCAACACUUUUGUUUGGCGCUUUGAUCAUUCGAAUUUUUGGAGUGCAAAGAACAAAAGAUCAUCUGAAUUUAACUGUGCACAAUAAAAUGACGGGUCGAAUCUUCUUCGAAAGAUAUACAAUUUUACUGCCGUUUAUGUUGAAUGAAUUGCAACUUUUUGUGAGAAGAAAGGACACCGUGAUGAAACCAAGCGUGCAAUUAAUUCUUUUGUUACUUUCUCGGUUGUAUCCUGGUCACUACUGCCAAGGUGCAGAAUUCAACUGGCAAAUUAACAGCUUCGUUGAUCUGGUUUCAAAAUGUUCUAAAAGCAGUGUGUACACUACUCGCGAAUUAGCAGCUAGAGCUGUAGUCCCUCUACUGACGGAAGAGACAGUCUGUGAAUUUCUCAAAGAUUUGUUCAACAGGUUGAAGAAAAUUGAAUUCUUGAGAGGUUCAUCGCUUAAUACAGUACAUGGUUACAUGCUUCAGAUAUUGGAGAUUUUGAAAAACCAUCGAAAUAUAAAAAUUAGUGCAUUCGGCUUGGAAUGUUCUAAAUAUCUUAGAAAUUCUUCUGUGAUUUUGGAAAGUUUGGAAAUUACGUCUAGUGCUCCAACAUGUUUUCCACUAGCAACGGCCUAUGUCAACAUUCUUUCCAUUCUUCUACAAAAUGAUACUGAAUGGCUUGAUACGAGAGUUCAAGAAGCAAUUAUUUCUAGAUUCGAAAUGCAUCUUACGCGAAAAGAAAUAUUAAAGUGGAAUCCUGGUCGAGAAGUGUAUGAACAUGCUGUGGCUACGCUUCUUACAUCUAUGAAGAGAGUAGACAAAGAAUCCAAUUGUAAUAAUUCUGUAAAUGACGUGUUAAUAUUUUGCAAAGAGAUGCUAAGUCAUAACAACAGCAUGGUACAAACAAUUUGUUGGUUAAAACUGGCUCAGACGAGAUCUGCCCAAAUUGAUGAUACUUUAGAAAGAACAAUAUCUGCAGCACUUACAGCUGUACCAAAAGCUGUUGAAGAUAUUGAUUUAUUGGAAUCAAUUUUACUGUUUUUGUAUGAAAUAGUAACGAACAGUAGUACAAAUGGUAUUACAGAAAAUACAUUAUCGGUAGACAACCUUUGUCACUCUAUUAUAUCUAUAAUUUUAAAUGAUUCUAGAAGUAUAGAUUUAUGUGAAAAGGGAACUGUUUUACGGUUGCUUGGCAAAGCAUGCAGCAGAUUGAUGACUACUCACAAGAAUGAAGACCUGUUUCCAAAAUACGUCCAAGAAAUGUAUAGAUUAUUUUUAAAUAAUUCAUGGAUGGGUGCUGCGGAUGUUGACUGCAGAAUUGCAGUGUCGCAAGUGGUUUACGAUCUUUACGUAAGGUGUUCGGAAUGUUGUACCCCCUUAAGACUAAAACUAUUGUUGAACUGGUGGACUAUGCUCCUUAAUUUACUCAUAGACGAUAACAAUGAAGUACGAGAAAAUGCAUCAUUGACAAUCUGUAAAAUAGGAUCGGAAUGCAAGUUAAAAUGCAAAGCGAUUACGAUGGAAAUAUUUUUUACGAAGUUUAUGGAUUUGUUAAUACACAGAGAACUGGUGCCUGUUGCAUUUUUUGUAUGGAGCAUGACCCUGUCAGGAGAUGCAGACUAUGAAAUGGACGAGACAGACGUGUUUAACAAGUGUAGCAAUUAUGAGUACUUUGAACCCGUUCGAAUAUCGGUCCUAUGCAUUAAUUCCUUGGAAAGAUACGAUCGCGGGCAACUUAUCGAUCGAACAUUGCUGCCCGAAGUGAAACAGUGGGUAUGCGAAAGAUUAAACAUUGCCGAAAUGCGGUCAAACACUCUUAGAGAAAUAAUUAUGGAAUACAAACAACAUAUCCCUACGAUUACGAGGACAUUAAAGGACAUUUUAGAUCCAACAUACAACGACAAAUUAUUACGAGUACAAGCAUAUGAAAAAUUCGAGACCUUAGCUCGUGAAGGACAAAAUACAUGAACAUUUGAGAAAC